UGAGCGCCGGGACCACUGAGGAGGCGCCGCCGCCCCCGCCGCGGGCCGCGCGGCCCCUUUAAGAGGCGCGGAGUCGCCCCCUCCUCCCCCUUCCGGAGCCGGAGCCCGGGGUGACGGCGGUUCCCGCGCCCCUUCCCCCUCCCCGCCCCCUCCCUCCCGCCCUCCUUCCCCAUGGUGUCGACCCCGGCGGCGGCGGCGGGGCGGUUGCCAUGAACAGCAGCGGCCUGCCCUGCUCGUCGCCGUCGCCGGUGGUGGGGCCGCCGCCGCCGCCGGCGGUGGGGGUCGGCGUGGCGGGGCCGGUGGCCGGCGGGGUGGGGGCCGGCUGCGGCGGCGCCGUGAAGCUGAAGUUCUGCCGUUACUACGCCAAGGACAAGACUUGCUUCUAUGGCGAGGAGUGCCAGUUCCUGCAUGAGGAGCCCGGUACCGCCCCCGCCGGCCCGGGGCCCGCCGCCCCCCUCGGCGGGCUUCCGCUCGGCAUCCCCCCGGCCGCUGCCGCCGGGCCUGGCUACCCACCGCACGGGGCCAGCCCGGGCUCGGCGGCGGUGGUGGGGCCUAAGAAAGCCGAGCUGGGGACGGGAGGCGGCGGCGGAGGCGGCGGGGGGCUGGAUGGCCCGCGGCUGACGAUUCCUGGCAUAGAUGGCGGUGGGUUAGCUGAUGCCAGUCUCACGGAUUCCUACUUCAGCACCAGCUUCAUUGGCGUUAAUGGAUUUGGAAGUCCCGCUGAAACAAAGUAUCCCAUGAUGCAGAGGAUGACAAAUAGCAGCAGCUCCCCUAGCCUUCUCAAUGACAGUGCCAAGCAGUACGCAGGCCAUGAUCCACUAACUUCACCGAAUUCAUCCUUGUUUAAUGACUUUGCUGCCCUAAGCGUGUCUCAAAGGAGGAAGCUGGCAAAACCAGCAUUUCCUUCGUUCAUCACAGACUUGGAGGACAGAUACAAUACAGUCUUGCCCAGGAAGUAUCGACUGGGGAUGCUGGAUGAGAGGAUAGUUCCGGUGGGAUCAAAAGCAAGAAAAUCAAAGAACCCUAUUGGCUGUCUGGCUGACAGGUGUAAAACAGGAGUACCCAUCAAUAUGGUUUGGUGGAACAGAGUCACAGAAAACAAUUUACAGACACCAAAUCCGUCUGCAAGUGAGUUUAUUCCUAAAGGAGGAUCAACCUCUAGGCUGAGUAAUGUAUCCCAGUCCAGUAUGUCUGCCUUCUCUCAAGCCUUGUUCUCCCACCCCUCCAUGGGAAGUCCUGCCACUGCUGGGCUAGCACCAGGAAUGUCACUAUCAGCAGGAUCUUCUCCUCUCCAUUCGCCCAAAAUAACUCCUCAUACAUCUCCUGCUCCUCGAAGAAGAAGUCAUACUCCUAACCCAGCAAACUAUAUGGUGCCUACUAGUGCCUCUGCUUCUGUCGCUAAUGCUGUCUCUCAGCCUCCAUCUACUGGCCAGGUGAUCCAGAAGGAGACAGUGGGUGGAACCACAUACUUCUACACUGAUACAACUCCAGCACCUGUCACAGGAAUGGUUUUUCCAAACUACCACAUUUACCAUCCAGCUGCACCUCAUGUUGCUUACAUGCAGCCAAAAGCAAAUGCACCUUCUUUCUUCAUGGCAGAUGAACUCAGACAGGAACUGAUCAACAGACAUUUAAUAACCAUGGCCCAGAUUGAUCAGGCUGAUAUUCCUGCAGUUCCUGCGGAAGUGGACAGCUACCACAGUCUCUUUCCCUUAGAACCACUGCCACCACCCAAUCGGAUACAGAAAACGAGCAACUUUGGGUACAUUACAUCAUGCUAUAAAGCUGUAAAUAGUAAAGAUGACCUGCCAUAUUGCCUUCGGAGGAUACAUGGUUUUCGUCUUGUUAACACGAAGUGCAUGGUAUUGGUUGACAUGUGGAAAAAAAUUCAGCACUCAAAUAUAGUAACCUUGCGUGAAGUAUUUACCACUAAAGCAUUUGGAGAACAUUCUCUUGUGUUUGCAUAUGACUUUCAUGCCGGAGGAGAGACUAUGAUGAGCAGACACUUCAAUGACCCUAGUGCUGAUGCCUAUUUCACAAAACGAAAAUGGGGUCAGCACGAUGGACCUCUACCACGGCAGCAUGCUGGAUUGCUUCCAGAGUCCUUGAUAUGGGCAUAUAUUGUGCAGCUCAGUUCUGCCUUACGGACCAUUCACACAGCAGGGCUGGCGUGCCGAGUCAUGGAUCCAACAAAGAUUCUAGUAACAGGCAAAACAAGGUUACGAGUUAAUUGUGUUGGCAUCUUUGAUGUGUUGACAUUUGACAACAGUCAAAAUAAUCCACUGGCAUUAAUGGCUCAAUUUCAGCAAGCAGAUCUGAUCUCCCUGGGGAAAGUUGUAUUGGCUUUGGCUUGCAAUUCUUUAUCAGGAAUUCAGAGAGAGAAUUUGCAGAAAGCAAUGGAACUGGUGACAAUCAACUAUUCCUCUGAUCUGAAGAAUCUGAUUUUGUAUUUGCUGACUGACCAAAACAGGCUUCGCAGCGUAAAUGAUAUCAUGCCUAUGAUUGGUGCACGAUUCUACACUCAGUUGGAUGCUGCUCAGAUGCGAAAUGAUGUUAUAGAGGAAGACCUUGCAAAGGUCAUGGAGGUCAAGGCUGCCAUCCUCAGUUUCCCUGAAGUGUGCCCCUCCUGCUGUGGGGGUCUGGUUAGAGUGUCAAGUUCAGUCAAGGAGGUGCAAAAUGGAAGGUUGUUUAGGCUUCUAGCAAAAUUGGGAACAAUCAAUGAGAGGCCAGAGUUUCAGAAGGACCCAACGUGGUCAGAAACUGGAGACAGGUAUUUACUAAAGCUCUUUCGAGAUCACCUUUUCCAUCAGGUGACAGAAGCGGGUACUCCUUGGAUUGACCUCAGUCACAUUAUCUCAUGUCUUAACAAGUUAGAUGCUGGUGUGCCAGAAAAAAUAAGCCUCAUUUCCAGAGAUGAGAAGAGUGUACUUGUGGUAACUUACAGCGAUUUAAAACGCUGCUUUGAAAAUACUUUUCAAGAACUGAUUGCAGCCGCAAAUGGUCAGUUGUAGUAUUUGCUGAAAGCAUGCAGGACAUUGCUGAGGAACUUAACCAAUAGCAAAUUGCACUACAGCUGAAUUGUUGUUGUCAUCUCAUUUCACAUUUGGGAAACAAACAGGAGAUGAGCAAAGCUGCUUGCACUUCAGUCAGGUACACUGUUACUUGAAGGGAAGAAUGUUUCACUUAUCCUAGAGCUAAGGCUGCCAUUGGAGGCUUUAUCUGUGAAGAAUUUAUUUUAGAUUAAGGAACACAUCAGGUGCAUGAUGUUCCUGCUUUUAUUUUUUCCACUUGUAUAUGCACUAAUUUUAAUUUUUUUAAGACUUUUCUGAUCUCUGAAGUUUUGCCACAUUGUAUACUUAAGGGAAACUCUUUGCAAGGACAUUUCUGGGAUACAUUUUUGUCACUGAGGAUAUAGCAAAAUUUAUUCAUUUUUUAUAUUAUUUGCACCCAGAAUAGCAUAAAGGACCAGGUAAAUAAUUUAAUAGAAAUUGUGUUCUAUCAAUGACCGUUUAGUUUGUAACCUUUGUAAAAGUGUGUUGUAUGCAAGCUCUGUAUGCCACCCACUGUUAGCUCAAAGAAAUGUGAGAAGACAAAACUUUUUAAAACCAGUCAAGUGAAGUAUCAGUGAAUUGACAAAGAAGGAAAGUCCCCCGUCAUUUGAUUUGAACUUUGUCUAAGCAAAGUGACAAAAAUAGCAUAAUGGGAAACAUCUAUAAUUUAAGGAGCAUAUCAAACUUGCUCUAAACACAACCAGCGCCUUUUAAGAACUGUUUGUACGUUUUCCUGCUAGUCAGAAGCAUUUACAUUUAUGCAAUUUUUUUAAUAGAUUUUUUUUUAAAGAAAUUGUUUAAAUGCCUGAAGUUUCAGGAGUGUAUUACUUUAGGUUAUUUACAGUAUAAUUUUUGUAUAAAGUUCUGUUCUUUGAACCACAGCUUUAUUAUGGUACGCUACACUGGAUACAGAUACAAAGACACUGUUAAAAGAAGAUUAACUAAACACAGCAGUUGUCUGGCAUCAAGAGCUUUUCAAGUUUUACAGCCUGAAUCUGGAGGGAUAAUGAUCUGCUGUGCCUUUGCAGUCACUGCUUAGCCCAAAGUAAUAUUACUUUUGAUAAUACUCAACACAUGAAUAUUCCUGAAGUAAUUCAGUCUCGAAAGUAUGGAAUUUCCUCCUCAAUUACCUUUCUAAUAUUUGGACAUGCAGUUGUCUCCAAACCUGGGUAUUCAUGGGAUUUCUAGUUAAACACCUACACUUUGAUACUGAAGACUGCCAAAUAUGUAGGAAUUUCCUUUCUUAAAGCAGUAGUGAAGACUGUAUCUACCCUUUCCCAGCACUGAAUGUUUUAAUAGCACUGGGUGCUCACCAUGAAGAAAAUGUGGAAACUCAAAAGGUCAGGACAGACUCUAAGCACUUGCAACUGAUGUUACUGACAUCAAUUUUAAUAAUUCUCAAUAUUUGUAGUUUUCAGAGAAGUUUUUAAUAUUUCUCUGUCCACUUUUAUAAGCUUUAAAAUGAUUCUCUGCCUUGAGACUUGCAUCAAGAAAAAAGCAACUCUCUUCACAUCGAAAGCUUUGAAGACUAGGGACGUGCUUUACACAUUUUAGAAAAUGUGGUUAAAUCCACAUUAGGUAGCAUCAGUUGUUGAGUUUAAAAAUCGAUUAUUGUCACAUUUGAUCGAAUGAAUUUUAAAAGGAACAUAAUGUUUAAUAUUCAAACGAUAACAGUUGCCAGAAUGUUCUUUUUAAUAUAAAAGGAACAGGAACUUUGGGAAGUGAACAUGCAAAACAGUCUUUUAUCAUUAGCUCAUGUAUUUGAGGAAGAGCAGCUGUCUUUUAUAUGUUUUUUGACAAAUCAUAUUGUAAUUCUUUUGUACAAAAAAGAAGUACUUGUAUUCUAGAAGAAAUAUGAAAUGCUUAAUUUAUAAGCGGGCUGAGGUUUUUUCCAGUAUUGUUUUCUUUGAAAAUGAAAGGGGAUCAUCUGUUCAGUUGUGGGGUUUGGGAACCUUUGAGAAUUUAAUUUGUGGACCAAUAUUUUGUGGAAGUGUAGGCAGGGGUAAAAUAGGGCUUGAAUUCUCAUCCUUUUUAGACCAGCAAACCACCCUCUGCAAGACAUGUCUAAAUUGCAAACUUGUCUGUAUUUGCAUAAUGUCAGUUUGCUUCAGCCCCUAGAAACCUCAGGACUUGGUUUAAAAAUAAAAAGGUAGACAGCUAAUAAGUUUUCAUAUGUAUGUCAGCCAGAAAAUAUUUGGUGUCAGGUAAAUACAUAAAAUAAAAAACAAGUUGAGCUUUGUUUUUAUUUAUUUCAUUUGGUCCGUAUUUGGGAAUGAUUUGAACAGUCUGAAGCUCAGCUUAGGUGUUUUUUUGGGGAGAGCCCUUCUACCCCGUUUUAAUUCCAUUUAGAAGGUUGUCCUAAAGUUGUAGUUUGAUCCAUUCAUAGGAAGAUUUGUGUGUCUGUAUUUGAGAAGAAGAGCCACCAGGAUGUGCCCUCCCAGAUGGGAAAUUUAAUUCUGACCUUCCUAGUUUUUACAGCUAAAAGCACAGAAGGGACAACCUUUGAAAUCAUCUGAUGUUAGUAAUUUUAAUUUUUGUACCUGUUUUAAAUUCUGUUGCUGUAUUUACUAUAUUGUAAAUAUUUUGUUGAGGGUACCUAUGUAUUUUUGAUUUCCCUUGUUUCAGUAAUUCAGGUGUCAACUGCUUCCCCUAAAAAGCACCAGUAUGUUAAGUUCUAAUGUCAUGAUCCCAAUGUGUUACUCAUCUUUAAUCCUGUUUUCAUUCUUCAUGUGUACAGCAGUAUUUUUAAUAAAGAAUACCAGAAAUAA